AUAUACAGCCCCUCCCUCCUAAACCCCGUCACUAAUGCAAAAAGUUGUCCCCAGAGCUUCAUUCCAGUAAAGUUUCUCUCAGAUGGCCAAGUGAUCUGUGUGAGCAACGACUAUGAAAUUGGCAGCAGAUACUCAGUGCCAUUCGGAGGCCUCUUCAGUUGUCAGUCAAACAACCCACUGGCAGUAAAUCAGCAUCGCUGCCCUCCUAAGUUCAGUCAGCACCUCACCACAGUGAGCGACGGCUGUGAAAUUCUUUACUGUGUCCAGUCAGGGCUGUUCACAGGUGGGCAGCUGCUUCCGGUCCAUCUGCCACCUUUCACUAAACCUCCACUUGUCAGCAUGCAUGCCACAAAUACAGUUAUGGUCAUGACUGAGGGAGAUAUGAGCUGGAUCAGAGUGGGGCAGACCAAGGCGUGGAAAGUGGCCAAACCAGAGGAAAUCAAGGAAAUGGUUCGGAAGCUUAACCCGGAAAUGAAUCAGAUGUCUAGUGGUGAAAAGGCAGGGGUAGCCUUUGGGGUGAUCGGUAUGAUGGCGCUGGUGGUCAUAGCGGCAGUAGUCCUGGUGAAGAGAAGGAGGAGGCUGUCUGGGUUGAGGCCAGCUAGCGGCUAUGAGGAAAUACGUGGUGAGGUGGAACGUGAUGAAGGAGAGAGACAACAAGAUGAGGCUUGAGAAAAAACACAGAUAAGAAACACUUUUUAGAACGGCUGCUCGUGCCGCUCAGUUGGGUUGUAACCCAGCUCUAGCUUAACAUUUACCAGCACAUAUGUUUAUGUUUUUAGUGUUUCACAAAUAAGUGUCUGAUUAAAGGGUUUUAAAAUGUUUGUGAAAAGAAUGCCUUUGACCUUCCUUAAUUUUUGAGAGUCCACACAUAGUUUAAAGACUUGACCCCAAGAGAUGGAGGUUCAUUUUGGUGUGACAGAUUUGGAUUUUAACUAGAAAUCACUAUGAUGAAUCUCACAGAAGCAGAAUAUGUUGUCUAGUUUGAAUCAGUUGGACUUUGCAUUAAUUAUCCUUAUUCUUUUGAAAUGUAUAUGAAACCAAUCAGUAAUUCACAUUUCAACAACUGCUAUGCAUAUUAAAUAUAUAACAACACAUUUAUUGGAAGACAUUUUUUUCCUGUUAUCACGAUGUGUACUUAGCAGAAGUAAACUUCAUCAUACUAUGUUAGCUCUAACAAAUGUGACUCCAGAGCCAUGUGCCUUUGAAAUCACCAAAUAGCUCAACGCAGAAGUGCUUUCCCAAAGGCCGGAGAAUCAAUACUGCCCUCAUGAGGCCAAGAUGCCUAAUGUCACGUAGUACAUCAACAUGGUAUACCCCGUUUAAAAACCUUAAAUUAUUUUGAAACAUUUUUACAAUGUUUCAAAAUAAUUUUUUACAGAUAAUUGAUUAACAUUUUGUGAAGCCUUAUUUUAAAAUAUGUGAAUAAAAGAAGCAUUAGAUUAAUGAUUUUCUAUGUUUGGUAUAUAAUGUUUUGUUUUACGUUGCUAAAAUUGAAAGGAUUUAUAAAUGUAUGUCAAUGAAACUCUUCUGCACGGCACUUAACUACUAAUUAAAGUUGUGUACAACAAUUUAA